AUGGUGGAUUCUUCAGUUAUAAUCGAUAAAUUGACCAAAAAGAUCCAUCCUAGUGUUUCUGCUGAUUCUGUCCCAGAAGAUGAUGAAGAGAAGAAGUGGCGUCGGUGGGUGGACGACCACUUGGUACACAUCUUGUCACCCAAUAUAUAUCGGAGUAGUUCUGAGGCCCUCGAGUCAUUCGACUAUAUCACCAGUCAUGGGAAUUUCAGCUUCGCUGAGAGAUUAACAGCCAAGUAUGCUGGAGCCGUGGCGAUGUAUUUUGUAUCUAAGAAAUUGAAGAAAAAGUAUAAUAUUACGGACGAGCGUGCAGCUCUAUAUGAAGCUGCAGAAACAUGGGUAGAUGCGCUCAAGGGCCGAGAUUUUCUAGGUGGUGCGAAGCCUAAUUUAGCCGAUCUUGCUGUCUUCGGUGUUUUGAGACCAAUUCGCCACCUUAAGUCGGGUCGAGAUAUGGUUGAACAUUCACGCAUUGGUGAUUGGUAUACACGAAUGGAAAGUGCUGUGGGAGUCUCUUCCAGAAUCCAGGCGUAG